UUUUGAAGAGUAUUUGAAAUAAUAACCAGAGUUAAAGAAACUUCCUUUUUAUUACAUAGCAAAUGAAAACAAUAUACUAUUUCUCAGAAAUGACAUAGAGACAUUAAUUAGUUUCUUUCUGAGAGUGAAGCAACAUUUGCAUAUAAUUGGCUCAAUGUAUUCUUAAAAUUUUGCUAAUUAGAGUCCUAUAUAGUGUUCAUCGCUUCAAUUCUUUUCUGAUCACACAAACAAAGAUUAAAAAAUGUCUGCAGCAAAAGAAACAAAUGGACAGUGCCAAUUGCCCAAGGAAGACUGUAAUGGUGAAAAAGGGGGCAACCAUAAGCUCAACAAGUAUGUUUGUGUUUGUGUGAUGGCUACCACUAUUAUCUCUGCUAUAUUUGGUUAUGUAACGGGAGUGAUGGCUGGAGCCCUAUUAUUCAUAAAGGAAGAACUUCAAAUCAGUGACCUACAAGUGGAGCUCUUGGCUGGCAUCUUAAAUGUGUGUGCCCUACCUGCAUGCAUGGCCGCAGGAAGAACAUCUGAUUACAUAGGUCGCCGUUACACCAUCGUUCUGGCUUCCGUCAUCUUCUUAUUGGGCUCCCUUCUAAUGGGCUAUGGCUCAUCCUAUUUAAUCUUAAUCAUAGGAAGAUGCAUCGUGGGAAGUGGUGUAGGUUUUGCAUUGAUCAUAGCACCAGUUUACAGUGCAGAAAUUUCAUCUCCUUCCUAUAGAGGCUUUCUCACCUCUCUCUCAGACGUUUCCAUCAACUUUGGACUCUUGCUUGGCUAUGUGUCAAACUACUUCCUUGGAAAAUUGUCCUUGAAUCUUGGAUGGAGAAUGAUGCUGGCUCUUCCUGCGGUUCCUUCUCUUGUUCUUGUGAUUCUCAUGUUGAAGUUGGUGGAGUCUCCAAGGUGGUUGGUCAUGCAAGGACGUGUAGGUGAGGCUAGGAAAGUGCUUCUACUAGUGUCCAACUCAAAGGAAGAAGCUGAACAGAGGUUGAGGGAAAUAAAAGUUGCAGCUGGGAUUGAUGAAAAGUGCACACAAGACAUUGUGGAGGUUCCAAACAAAGCACGCAGUGGUUCAGGAGCACUUAAGGAACUGUUUUGUAAACCCUCACCACCUGUGCGUAGGAUACUAAUUGCUGCUAUUGGAGUUCAUUUGUUCCAACAGGUUUGUGGAAUAGAGGGUAUUUUGUUGUAUAGUCCUAGGGUUUUUGAGAGAACAGGAAUCAUGAACAAGAGCAAGCUCUUAUUAGCCACAGUUGGCAUGGGAAUCAGCCAAGCUGUGUUUACAUUCUUGUCAGCAUUCUUGUUGGAUAGAGUUGGGAGGAGGAUUCUGUUGCUGAUUAGUGCAGGAGGUGUGGUUGUGACCCUGUUUGGGUUGGGUGUUUGCAUGGCCAUGGUGGAGCACUCCAAGGAAAAACAAAUGUGGACAAUAGGAUUUACCAUUGUUUUUACCUACAUCUUUGUGGCUUUUGUGGCUAUUGGUAUUGGGCCUGUGACAUGGGUUUAUAGUUCUGAGAUAUUUCCCCUCAGGUUGAGGGCACAAGGUCUUGGUGUUGGUGUGACUGUGAAUAGAAUUUCCAAUGUGGUAGUGGUUUCCACUUUCAUUUCUAUUUAUAAAAAGAUAACACUGGGUGGGAGUUUCUUUAUGUACACUGGUAUCACUGCUUUGGCUUGGUGGUUCUACUAUACAUUUUUGCCUGAAACCAAAGGAAGACCAUUAGAAGAUAUGGAGACAAUCUUUGGGAAAAAAUUCCAAGUCAAAGAUACAAAUGAAGCCUGGCUACGACAAAAAGCAUAGUUGGAGAUAAGGAUUCCCUCAAACGAAUAUUCUAUCUUUUUAUCAUUGAGCUACUAGGGUGUGCUGUUUCUAUGGAAUUCAGAUUCUCUGCUGCCUCUACAAUAUAAUUUUCUCUACGGCACAAAUUUUAGCCACUGAUUACAUUUU